CCUGGAUUGACCUGCUCCCCAGCAGCAAAGGAGCAUCAGGCAGCAUGACCUCACAGCGAUGGAUGAUGGCUGUUUCCUUUUCACUGGCCUUAGUUUUAGAGACAAGUGAAUCCAUUACAACAACAGAAACUCAGAAAUACACUUGCAUGACAUUCGGCAGCGGGGUCGUCCAACCUUUCAACGGCUCUGUUUUCUACAUGCGAUCCACUUGCCCUUUCACCCUCACCCGCUUCACCCACAACCGGGUAGAAUGUGACAUCACGAUACGCCGCGGGGACGACGGGCUGAUGGUUCAAGUUGAGAUCAUCAUCAACAAAGUCAGAACUGAACUUAUGGUGAAUGGAAGUAUCCUGGUGGAGAAGUCAAGCGUUUCCCUUCCGUACGACCACACCUAUCAGCACAUUUUUCAGUACGGCAUCUACACCAGGCUGAGGAGCUCCGUGCUUCCUCUGUCUGUCACCUGGCACAGUGUACCAGGAGGGAUAGACACUCUGUGGGUGGAGCUGAAUCAGGAGCUGAACACUGACAUGACUGGACUGUGUGGAAAACACAACAUGGCAGGAACCAAGCAGCAGUUGAUUACAGACAGCGUGUUGACUGAGGACACAUGUCAAACACGAGAUCCUGGCUAUGCCGUGAAUUAUGUAUGCAGAGAGUUCUUUUCCUAUGCUGUAGAUUGUCUGAAAGCGAUGAUGCCUUACUAUAUGCAACUCUGUGAGGAGAACAUUUACGGCUACGAACAAAGCCAAUACAUCGGCUGUGCUUUCUUCAAAGAAGUUGUACAGCAAUGUGGAAGUAACAGCCGUGUCUGGCCCGUGUGGAGAGCUUUAACCCAAUGUGUUCCACCGAGUUGUACAGGAGACCUGAUGUAUAAUGACAUCGGUCCUGCCUUCAUCCCCAGCUGCUCCAACCCAAACCCUACAUCUUCCAACCAGGAUCUCACCAACACUUGCAUGUGCCCAGAGGGUACGGUGCUUAAUGAUCAUGCAGAUGGUUUCAGCUGCAUUGAUGUGGCCAACUGCCCCUGUGUGUUGGCUGGCAGGAGUUACUCAGCUGGGGAUACAAGUAGCACCAAGUGUCAGUCAUGUCUGUGUGAUAGUGGGAGGUGGCAUUGCUCUGAAAAAAUAUGCCCUGUGAAAUGUCUCGUUGAAGGGCAGUUUGUAACAACAUUCGACGGCAAACAAUAUGCUGUCCCUGGUAAAUGUACAUAUGUGACCUCAGAGGGUCCCAACUGGUCAAUAGUAAUGAAGUAUUCGGAAAAGGCGCCCUCUGUGAAAACGGUUGUUCUCCAGCUUUUCCAGGAAACAUACACCUUCACAGACAACAUGGUUAAAUUUGGAGAGAAGGCAAUUACUGAACUUCAUCAGUCUGAUCAUGCCCUGGUGUACUGGCAGUCCUCCAUGUAUGUCCGGGUCCACACAUACUUUGGUUUGGAGAUCCUAGUCCAGAUGUCUCCUGAAAUCCAGCUCGACAUCACCCCACCUACAAACCACACUGGCACUAUCUCAGGUCUUUGUGGCAACAGCAACAAUGACACCACAGACGACUUCACCACCAGCAGCAGGAUCAUUGAGAAUUCGGCUCAACCUUUUGCUCAGUCAUGGAGUGUUGGUGUUUGUAUAAAGAAUAUACCCCCCACCUGCAUCAGCACAGACAAUGAAAUAUUUGCAGAAGAAAAGUGUGAUGUGUUGAACGAUCCAAGGGGGGUAUUUUCUAAUUGCCACGGUCACAUCCCAACUGAUCAAUACCACAUGACUUGCAUCCAAAGAACCUGUAACUGCGACGGAAAUCUGCAGCAGUGUCUGUGUCUUGCUUUGGCCAGCUACGCUAAAGCCUGUGCCCAUCUGGGUGUAGAAGUUGGUGACUGGAGGAAGUCUACUGACUGCACUCCCAUAUGUCAAAAGAACCAAAGGUUCUACUACGACUUGCAGGCCUGCAACCGAACAUGCCUUUACCUGUCUGAUCCAGACCCUCGAUGUGGGCUGGACGAUACUUUUGUGGAGGGCUGCGGCUGUCCAGAAGGCACUUAUCUGAACAAAGGAAACAUCUGUACGCCAAAGGCAGAGUGCCAGUGUCACUACACAGGUGGAGCAGCGCCACCUGGGGCUGUUGUUAUCGAUGGACAACAGUGCAUCUGUGAGAAUGGAAAACUGACUUGCUCCAAGGACUGUGGUUGCAGCAAUGGGAUGGUUUGUGUUCACUGCUCACAGCACUCAGUUAACACAGCUCAGAAAACUUGUGACAGUCUGAGUAAACCACGGGAUGCCAGUAUGACCUGUGAGAGUGGCUGUUACUGCCCACAUAACCACUAUAUAGAUCACCAUGGAAACUGUGUUUCUUCAGAAAACUGCACCUGCAUGUACAGCGGCAAAGUAUUCAGUGCGGGACAGAGUGUCAAAACCAACUGUAAAACAUGUACCUGUAGUCAGGCGCAGUGGAACUGCACUCAGGAACAAUGUCCUGGGAAGUGCCAGAUAUAUGGAAACGGACACUAUGAGACCUUCGACUACAAAUGGUACCGCUUUGAUGGACACUGUCAAUACACACUUGUAGAGGAUGACUGCGGACAUGGAAAUGGUACCUUCUCUAUCAGAGUAGAGAGUGUACCCUGCUGUGAUGAAGCUCUGACCUGCUCACGCGCCGUCGUCCUCGACCUGCAGGACGAAGUCACCUUGACACUGAGCGACAUGAUGGUGACCAGACUCCAUAAAGGCUGGUCUCUGCAGGAAGUUCCGCUAUACACUACACACACAGUGGGGCUCUACAUUAUAAUCUCAGUGCCAAGCAGAGGGAUAACUCUCAUCUGGGACAAACACACCCGGAUAACAAUACAGCUGAGUGCAGACUGGAGGAACCGAGUGUGUGGCCUGUGUGGGAAUUUUGACUCCAAUGAGAUGAAUGACUUACAAAUUAGUGGCUCAGCAGUGGUGUCCAGUCCCUUGGCCUUUGGCAACAGCUGGAAGGCCACCUCACUCCCCUGCUCUGAUGUGACCACUGAGAUAUUUCCAUGCGAACGCAACUCCUACUGCUUGGCCUGGGCCCAGCGGCGUUGUAUGAUCCUUACAGGAGACACCUUCAAAGACUGUCACCUCAAAGUGGACCCAGAACCAUACUACCACGCCUGUGUACAAGAGUCCUGCUCCUGCCAGUUUGAGGGGAAGUUCUUGGGGUUCUGCACAGCUGUGGCAGCCUAUGCAGAGGCCUGCAGUGAGCACGAUGUUUGUGUAAAAUGGAGAACACCGGAUUUGUGUCCUGUCUACUGUGACUUCUACAAUGAGCAAGGCCAGUGUAGCUGGCACUAUGAAGCCUGUGGUGAGAUACAAACCUGCGGCAAAGGCUACCAUUUCACUUACAAGUUGGAAGGCUGCUACCCUAGAUGUCCAAAAGAAGCACCAUACUAUGAUGAAAAUACUGGCCAAUGUACCAAAUUAAGAAACUGCACCUGUUAUUUUAAUGACACUGUAAUUUGGCCUGGGACAGUGGUGAUGAUUCAAUCUAAUAAGUGUUCCUGUGAAAACGGAAUUAUUAAUUGCUCACCUACACCAUCCACACCUUCAACUACCACUAAAACAUCAACGAUGCAGUCCACUACCUCUACAUUAAUGACUUCAACUCCGUCAACUACAACUGCAACCUGGUCCACAACACCUUCCACCAGCUCUGCACCAACCAUUACCAAUGUCUCAAGUAUCACAAAAACUUGGUCAACGACGCCUUCCACCACCUCUACACCAAUGACAACCAUUACCAAUGUCUCAACUACCACUGAAAAUCGGUCAACGACGCCUCCCACCACCUCUACACUAACAUCAACUCACUCAACUACAACUGCAACAUUGUCCACGACACCUUCCACUAGCUCUCCACCAGUGACAACCAUUACCAAUGUCUCAACUACCACUAAAAAUUGGUCAACGACACCUUCCAUCACCUCUACACCAAUGGUAACCAUUACCAAUGUCUCAACUACCACUGAAAAUUCGUCAACGACACCUCCCACCACUUCUACACUAACAUCAACUCACUCAAUUACAACUGCGACAUCGUCCACGACACCUUCCACCAGCUCUCCACCAGUGACAACCAUUACCAAUAUCUCAGGUACCACUAAAAAUUUGUCAGCGACACCUUCCAUCUCCUCUACACCAAUGGUAACCAUUACCAAUGUCUCAACUACCACUGAAAAUUCGUCAACGACACCUCCCACCACCUCUACACUAACAUCAACUCACUCAACUACAACUUCAACAUUGUCCACAACACCUUCCACCAGCUCUCCACCAGUGACAACCAUUACCAAUGUCUCAGGUACCACUAAAACUUGGUCAACGACACCUUCCAUCACCUCUACACUAACAUCAUCAACUCACUCAACUACAACUGCGACAUUGUCCACGACACCUUCCACCAGCUCUCCACCAGUGACAACCAUUACCAAUGUCUCAACUACCACUAAAAAUUGGUCAACGACACCUUCCAUCACCUCUACACCAAUGGUAACCAUUACCAAUGUCUCAACUACCACUGAAAAUUCGUCAACGACACCUCCCACCACUUCUACACUAACAUCAACUCACUCAAUUACAACUGCGACAUCGUCCACGACACCUUCCACCAGCUCUCCACCAGUGACAACCAUUACCAAUAUCUCAGGUACCACUAAAAAUUUGUCAGCGACACCUUCCAUCUCCUCUACACCAAUGGUAACCAUUACCAAUGUCUCAACUACCACUGAAAAUUCGUCAACGACACCUCCCACCACCUCUACACUAACAUCAACUCACUCAACUACAACUUCAACAUUGUCCACAACACCUUCCACCAACUCUCCACCAGUGACAACCAUUACCAAUGUCUCAGGUACCACUAAAACUUGGUCAACGACACCUUCCAUCACCUCUACACUAACAUCAUCAACUCACUCAACUACAACUGCGACAUCGUCCAUGACACCUUCCACCAGCUCUCCACCAGUGACGACCACUACCAAUGUCUCAGGUACCACUGGAAAUUGGUCAACAACGCCUUCCACCACCUCUACACUAACAUCAACUCACUCAACUACAACUGCAACAUUGUCCACGACACCUUCCACCAGCUCUCCACCAGUGACAACCAUUACCAAUGUCUCAGGUACCACUAAAACUUGGUCAACAACACCUUCCAUCACCUCUACACUAACAUCAUCAACUCACUCAACUACAACUGCGACAUCGUCCAUGACACCUUCCACCAGCUCACCAGGGUGUUUUGACGGUGAGAGUUGGACAGAAGACUGCUUCAAUAUGACCUGUAAUAAUGGAAUCAUAAAGUGGACUCCAUUGGCUUGUCCAGAGCCUGUAAUUCCCAAUUGUCCCAGAGGGGAGGUCUCAAAGGUCUCAGAUGGAUGCUGUGACACUUGGAAGUGUAACUGUCGCUGUGAGCUAUAUGGAGACCCCCACUACAUAUCUUUUCAAGGUGUGGAAUUUAGUUUCCUGGACUACUGCACCUACAUCCUGAUGGAGGAGCGGUCACCAUAUUAUCAACUGACUAUUGCUGUGGACAACUUUAAUUGUGACAUGCCUGGCUCCUGUGCUAAAGGCAUCAUCAUGAAUUAUCAGAAUAGUACAGCAACACUCAAAAUCAUCCCACAUUUGUAUGCAGUACAGGCCACUCUGAACAAUGUGACCAUACAGCCACCAUAUGAGGCGCAUGGAUUGAGGUUUGAGACUACAGACUACAUAGUGUCAAUCUACCUCCCAGAGUUGCGCUCUCACGUCUCCCUCAGUCCAUAUUAUGUCUUGGAGGUCAGUCUGGCUAUGGAGCACUUCGUUAACAACACCCAGGGACAAUGUGGUCUAUGUGGCGGUGAAUCGUGUAUCCGCAAAGGAGGGCAGGUUGAAGAUGACAGCUGCUGUGACAAGACAGCCUAUGACUGGGUGUAUGCAGACCCAGGGAAGCCAGCUUGUGCUUCUGCGCCAAGGGACAUACCCUGCCACCCAGAGUCCAUUCCACCACCCACUUGCAACCCCGGCCCCGGGAGCCCACUGUGUGAGAUGCUAUUACACCCAGUCUUUGAAAACUGCAGCCAGUAUGUGGAUCUGUUAACUAUUAAGAAGAACUGUGAGUUUGAUUCCUGCAGGAACAGUACUACAGUUUGCUCUUCUCUGGAGCAAGCUGCUAAAAAAUGCAAGGUUGAUGGCUGGAGAAAAUUAACUAAUGGAACCUGUGAACCGUCAUGUCCAGAAGGAUUGGUUUACAUUGAAUAUCGCAACAAGCUGGAUGACUUCUGCUAUGGAGGGGUUCGUCAAACCGGAGCCUCCCUGGAGUCCGACAGAGCAGGGUGUUUCUGUCCCAGUGGCCAGUUCAGGGCAGGAAAUCACUCAAACGCCUGUGUGGAUGACUGCCAGUUUUGUAAAGGACCACUUGGUGAGCUCAAACUGCCGGGCGACGUGUGGGAGUCCAACUGUCACAUUUGUACAUGCAACAACCAGACUCGGACAGAAAAGUGUCAUCCAAAACCGGCUCCUAUUUGUGGCCCUAAUACUGUAUUGGUGAAGACCUCUUGCUGUGAUAUUACUUGUGUUGAGAAGACAUGCAGUUAUGAUGGGAAGACAUACAAGGUGGGAGACACAUGGGAAGAUGCUGCUCAUCCAUGCAUAUUGUUCACCUGUGAAGGCGGUGGUGUUCAGGCUAAGGAAAACAGGAUUUCGGAUGACCAACACUGCAGCUUUACAUGUAACCAAAGCUGUGUUCCCAUGAUGUCCACUAUCAACAUCACCAUAGACAAUUGUACCACCAGCAUGAAGAUGCCUGUGUGUCAUGGCCAGUGUGUGUCUCAAUCAGGGGGGGUAUUAAAUGGUGUCCUGCAGGGGGAGCCGAAGUGCAGGAGCUGUCAGGAGCUGAGCUCAGAGACUAGAUCAGUGGCCCUGCAAUGCUCAGACCUGACUACCAGACAGUACGAUUACAAGCAUAUCACCAGCUGUGACUGCAGAGCUUGUACCAUACAGUGGUAAUGAAACUACAGAGCGGAGAACACCUCUGCGUUGUUCAUUGUCAACAAUUUUGCAUGCAUUUAAACGAUAAACAAAUCAACAGUGAUAAUAUUCACAUUUAAAGGAUUAUUAUAUAACAUGCAUUGAAUUUCAUUCUUGAUUUAUUGCAAUUACUAUUGUAUUCUGUAUGAAUUACUCAUGAAAUAAAGUGAAUCAUUUACUAACCUAUUA